AUGAAGAAGUCUGAGUGCCCUAACCGGGGCAAGACGUGUGCCGCAUGCAAAGGGAAAAAUCACUUUGCACGUAAAUGCAAGACUAAAAGCAAUGUUCACAGCAUUGAUACGAAUGUGGACGUCUCUGAUGAUCAUGACUCUGAUCCGGACUGGAUCAAUUCCGUCUCCUCUGAUGCAAACACUAAGUCCAAGGAAAUCCGUUGCAGGAUGACCCUGCAAGAAGAGAACCAAUCGCUUACGUUUCAAGUGGACACUGGUGCUACUGUUAAUCUCAUACCAUUGCGGUGCGUAGUUCAUGCUCAUAUCACUCCGACAGCCAAGCGUCUCAAGAUGUGGAAUGGCUCAGAGAUCGUCCCUGUGGGCACCUGCCGCACGGUGCUCAUGAAUCCAAAAAACAGGAAGCGCCAUUCCGUCGAAUUCGUGGUUGUGAGAGAUGAACUCACUCCUAUUCUUGGUCUAAAGGCAGCAGUUGGCAUGAAGCUGGUCACUGUCAAUGACUUGCUGAUGGAACGCGUUGCUGCGAUAACGGUCCCCGAUAGAUACUCUGAUGUGUUUGACGGAUCUCUUGGUAAGCUACCAGGGAAAGCUUCCCUGAAAGUAGAUGAAAACAUCACACCUGUGAUGUCCGCCAGUCGUCGGAUUCCUGUCUCGCUCCAGCCUAGGCUAGAAACGGAAAUAUAUCGUCUUGCAGAUAUCAAUGUUCUGACCCCUGCUGAAGAGCCCACCCCAUGGGUAAACCAGAUGGUUGUCACAGAGAAAAAGUCGGGUGACCUCAGGAUCUGCCUCGAUCCAAGAGAACUCAAUCGCGCUCUUCAAAGGGAACAUUUUCCAAUGCCAGUGCUCGAGGACAAGCUUCACAAGAUGGCGAGCUCUCGUGUCUUCUCAAAGCUUGAUCUGUCAUCAGGUUACUGGCAUGUGGAGCUCGACGAGGAGUCAAGUCUACUGAUGACUUUCCAAACCCGCUUCGGGCGCUUUAGGUGGCGCUGCCUACCGUUUGGACUCUCAGUAUCCUCUGAAAUCUUUCAGAAAAAACUGCUGGAGGCUAUUGAUGGGCUACCUGGUGUGGAAUGCAUUUCACAUGAUGUGGUAGUCCAUGGCCCUGACACUGAAACACAUGACCGCAACCUGGAUGCUUUUCUUACUCGAUGUCGUGAGAAGGGAAUAAAGCUCAAUCUGUCGAAGCUAGAACUGAGACUCUCUCGAAUCGCCUUUAUGGGACAUCAGAUCACAGACAAGGGUCUUGGUAUAGACCCUGGAAAGGUGCGCGCUAUUGAACAAAUGCCAAGGCCUGAUAACUUAGAAGCUCUCCGUCGUUUCUUAGGACUUGCGAACUAUCUAGCUAAAUUUCUCCCCAACUUAACCUCAGAAACUACGCCCAUGCGAAACCUCACGAAGAAGGACGUACCCUUCUCGUGGUCAAUGGCACAAGAAGAGACCUUCAACAAAGUCAAGAAACUAGUUGUUGAAGCGCCAGUACUCGCGAUGUACAACCCGUCUGAGGAACUAACUCUGGAAAACGAUGCGUGUGACUAUGGAAUCGGAUCUGUGCUAAUGCAAUGUGGCCGCCCGAUAGCCUAUGCUAGCAGGUCACUCACGGACACCGAAACGCAUUGGGCACAGAUCGAAAAGGAAAUGCUGGCUGCAGUAUACGGGCUCGAAAAAUUCCACUACUACACUUAUGGACGGAAGGUCCAAGUCGUCACUGAUCACAAGCCGCUGGUACCCAUAGUCACCAAGCCACUGUUCAAAGCGCCAAAGAGACUCCAAGCUCUGCUGCUCAGGGCUCAGAAGUAUGACUUUGACCUAUCUCACAAGGCUGGGACCGCAAUCCCAGUCUCCGACAUGUUGUCCAGAGCGCCUCUUCCGGACAAACCUAAAACUGAAAUGGUUACUGUAAAUGCCGUUCACUUCUUACCGAUCAAAUCUGAUCGCCUUGAGCAGAUCAAGACUGCCACUGCUCAAGACCCGAUUCUUCCUGAGCUCAUGGACAUGAUCUCAAAGGGCUGGCCUAAUGACAAGGACACUGUCCCAGAUGCUCUGUCAACAUACUACCACUGUCGAGACGAGCUCGCAAUUCAAGAAGGGCUACUGUUACGAGGAAACCGCGUAGUGAUACCAACCAGCAUGCGCGCCGAGCUUAAGGAUCAGCUACAUGCAGGUCACCUCGGUAUAAACUCAUGCCUGUGCAGGGCUAGAGAACUGAUAAAUUGGCCGCGUAUGUCUGCUGAAAUACGGCAAUAUAUCGAAGCCUGCGAGACAUGCGCAACUUACGCUGAUCGACAAGGACCUGAGGAACUCAACCUACAUGAGGUCCCAGAUCGUCCCUGGCAAAAGGUUGGAACUGACAUAUUCACGUACGAAAACAGAUCGUAUCUGGUAACGGCUGAUUACUACAGCACCUUCUAUGAACUCGAUUACCUUCCGGACACUCUUACUGAAACUGUUGUGACGAAGGUCAAACAUCACUUCGCGCGUCGCGGAAUACCAGACACCGCCUGGGGUUUCUCUCACGUACUUAAACCUGAGACUGGUGAUUCUGCCUUUUCGUUCGUUAUUGAUGAUGAUACCUUCAAGAUGGACGAACUUCGUCAAGCAUUUCCAGGAACGACGUCUCUCGUCUACACAGACGACAUUGACGAAGGCGACGAAAGAAUUGUUGUUCCAGCAACUGAUGAUGGCGUUUUUAAAGUUCCUCUUGGAGGAUGGCUUUGUGAUUUUGAUGGACGGUCAAAACAGAUAAAAUAUAUUUUGGCUGGAUUUAACAGCAGAAGACCGGCAAAGUAUGCCAGCUUGAAACGAACGUCCACGGAAAAAUCGGCAGCAGAAGAGACGGCGUCCAGUAAAAAACGCAAAGUGGAAAGUUCAAAGGUUGGUAAACGGAAAUCAAAGACACACAAUGCCUAA